AUGGCGGCCGCAUUGACGCAAGGUGGUAUCAUGAAAACGAAAACAGUUCUGUGCCCAAAUGCGUGCUCGUUCACGUCGUUCCGUAAGUGGACGUCCCUCCUGCGUCAUUUGCGCGCCACCUCGCUCCCGAUGCACCUCUUUUCCCGCAAGACUAAAGAUAGAUGUUUCGAUUUCAGCUCCAUCUCCGGUUUCUGUCCGUCUUUGUCUGAAGGCACCCUGCUUCGGCCAAAAAUCACUGUUUUCUCGAGUAGCGUGCUCUCUGACGACCAGCAGCAGGAUGUUCAGCUCUUCAAGGGCCACAGCUUCAUUGUCAACUGCUCUGUGGAGCCACAAUACCCCGGAGGUCACUUCAGCCUCAUCUUCACAGGCCUCAACCAAACCCACAGCCGCACCCAGCCAGCUGUCAAUCACUCCGCCUUCUUCACCUAUGCUGCUGCAGACCAGGCCCACCAAGGGAACUACAGCUGUGUUUAUCACAACUUUGUUUUCAAUCGUAACUUUUCUUCUGAGAGCCAGAGCCUCUCGCUCAGGGUCAAUGUCGAAUUUCAAAAUGUGAUGCUGGACGAUGGCGUGCUCAGAGAGGAUGACAGCGAGACCUGUGCCGGCAAACUGUUGGUGAUGCAGAGGGAAGCGUGGAGACUGCUGAGUGCUGAGUCCACAGUCUGGGACCUGAAGCACGCUUCUAUUGUGUGUAGACAACUGGGCUGUGGUUCCGCCGUUUCAACCAAAGAGAUUGAUCUACCUGCACAGGAAACCGUGUUGCGUUUUUUCUCUGACUGUGAUGGAUCUGAGUCUGCACUGCUGGACUGUGGAACUGUAAAGGAGUGGUUCUCCUCCUCUGCUGUUGAGGUGGUCUGCACAGGCAAGACAUUAACAAGUCCAAAGUCUUAGUGAACAAGGUGGAAAAACAGUUAUUCAUAUCAGUGUCCUCUGGAAACCUAAUGGCUGUUAAAUUACUGGUUUACUACAUCCCAAAAUCUGAGUUAUUAUGGGU